AUGUCUUCAAGGCCACAGCCACAACAGUUAAACUCACAAUCGCUGAAUCCAGCAACUCUCAUGGAGAUCAAUGUGUUGAAAAGGGUUGCCAUGGAGCAACAAAAGACCAAUCCCGGAGCAAGUAUCCCCUACUUGGCCAAAAUUUGUCAGAUAGUCGAUAACCAACGCCCACCAGAAAAUGAUCCAAUGCGUUUGAAUAUCAUACGAGCUGAUGCUCAUGCACAGUUGGCGGACGCGUAUCAUAAGGUGCAAAACUGGAUACAAUGCGAGGCAUCUCUUAUGGUGGCUGUCAAGAUAUGGGAAAGAAUACUCGAGACACCUGAAGAAUCUGAUGGAAAAAUGACGGCCAGGACGCGUCUUGGAGAAGCGUACGAUAUCCUCCGAAUAUGCUAUGACACCCUUGGCAACCGUAGACUAGCUGAGCUGAUGGAGAAGCGGAAGUCAAAGCUGGCUCAAUAA